UAUGCUCGGGGUCGAGGAUUUUGGAGCAUGGCGGACGGGCCCUCUCGAUCCGUGGUGAUAUUCGGCGAUGGAUUCCUGCCGCACGUCGCCGCGCAGCACUCGAAUCUCCAUUCUCUGGCAUCCGAUGGCUGCUGCGGGUUUCUGGCGCUUCGAUCGCCGGCAGCUGCUUCCGAUGGAAAUCGAAGCGCCGAGGCUUUGAUCCAGCUGCUCGAUCUCUACGAUGCUUACAAGGAGGGCAAGGGCUUCCAGACUGUGUCUGAAAGAUUUAUGGGAAUGAAUGCAGCACUCGUGACGAAUUCCGAGCAAGCCGUUGCUGUUGGCAGUAAAGCAGGAUUCGUCGUUAGUCGUUUCCAAGACUUGCAUGAAGGAAUUGGUGCCGAAGAUAUGCCUUCUAAAUUUCUAGGCAUGGUUGGAGUUGGCGACUCCGCGGGAGGAAAGCCUUUCGACUUGCUUUUCCUACACUUGGUGGCUGACAACGAUCUGGAAAAGUCGCCAGCAAUUUCUACGGAGUGGAUGGAUUCUCUGGUUGGGAAACUGAAGAACGCUCCUGCAAAGAAUCUCCUCCUGGUGCUUAUUCUUGGGUACGGGAACGCUCUUUCUGAAGUGGAAAUCCCCGAGCUCAUCGAUCAGCAGCUACGUCAGCUUCGUCCACGGCAAAGCUACUCAAUCAAAGGCGGAAAACCUGUAGAGGACAUAAGCAAAGAUUGUUCUCUUCUAGCGGUUUUUCACCAAAAGGCAGUGACACGUAGAGACCACUGCACAUGUCUUCAGCUCGGAGAGUUUCGCCAGAAAUGCGGGAAUCUCACAAUUCUGGCAGACAGGUUCCUUCAUGAGGUUGCUUUUAAGCUUUGGAAAGCACCAAAGUAUGGUGCAUAAGCCGUCGAGGCGAGGGGCUUUGUAAAUGGCAACGGUGAGGUAAUGUCUGCGUUACCGUUUGCCAAAUAUAAAGGAGCCGAUUGCUUGUCAACGAACAAUCACAGCUCCAGUUCUUAAUUCUAAUGACAUGUACUCAGAUCUUGUGGCAA